AUGUCCGACCCCGAGAAGGUAGCCGUCAUUGCGGUCGCCUCGCCGUAUGACGCGGAGAAGCCAAAGGACGGGAGCAGCGCGUCCACCGAGGCCGGCGACAUCGAGGAGAUCAGGGCGCGCAUCCUCUCACAGCAGGCCGAGCUCCGGAACUCGAAAGCGCCGGCGCACCCCAUCGCUAGCUUCUGGCGACGGGCCGAGGAGAGGCGCCGGCACGACGAGGUGGCAACGCAACCGUCGGUGUUCGACGACGAGGACCUGGCCCGGUACUUCCAGCCGGACCCGCGGUACGAGAACGCCCACCGCUUCGACCCGUCCUUCCGGUGGACCUGGGGCGAGGAGCGGCGGCUGAUCUCCCGCAUCGACUGGAAGGUCACGGCGUGGUCGUGCAUCGCCUUCUUCGCUCUCGACCUCGAUAGGAGCAACAUCUCGCAGGCCAACACGGAUAACUUCCUCGAUGACCUGGGGCUCGACACCAAUGACUACAACCUUGGCACCACCAUCUUUCGGACCGUUUUCCUGUUUGCCGAGCUGCCAUCCCAGCUCAUCAGUAAGAAGAUCGGCCCUGACCGAUGGAUUCCCGCUCAGAUGAUCUUGUGGAGCAUUAUUAGUGGCUCGCAGUUCUGGCUUAAAGGACGCACCUCCUUUUUGGUCACUCGUGCUCUUCUGGGGAUUAUACAGGGAGGAUUCAUCCCCGAUGUUAUCCUGUACCUCUCCUACUUCUUCAAGGGUUCCGAGCUCCCGUUCCGUCUGGCUUUGUUCUGGAUGGCCAAUCGACUGACCGACGUCGUCGCACCGUUGCUGGCGUACGGCAUCCUCCGCCUCCGAGGCGUCCACGGACAAGAGGGUUGGCGAUGGCUAUUCCUCCUCGAGGGAGUCCUAACCCUCCUCAUCGGAAUCUGGUCCGUUUUCAUGAUGUGCCCCUCACCCACGCAGACGAAGGCGUGGUGGCGGCCGAAGGGGUGGUUUACCGAGCGAGAAGAGAAGAUCAUGGUCAACCGCAUCCUCCGUGACGACCCGUCCAAGAGCGACAUGCACAACAGACAGGCGAUUAGCUUCAAGCUGCUGUGGGAGUCCCUCUGCGAUUAUGACAUAUGGCCCAUCUACAUCAUCGGCCUGACCUUCAGCAUGCCGUCUGGCCCGCCCGAUCAGUAUCUGACCCUGACGCUGAGGCAACUGGGGUUCGACACAUUCAACUCUAAUUUGCUCAGUAUUCCCUGCCAGGUGGCAACGACGGCCAAUAUGCUUCUCCUCACUUACCUGUCCGAGAAGUUCAACCAACGCGCGUUCGCCGGCCUGUUCACGCAGUUCUGGUACUUGCCGUGCCUCAUCAGCCUGGCCGUCCUCCCGUCGGAUGCCAGCCGCUGGGCAUCGUACGCGCUCGUGGUGGUGCUCCUGUCGUACCCGUCACCGCACCCGAUGCAAGUGGGCUGGUGCAGCCGGAACUCGAACACGGUGCGCACGCGGACAGUCUCGGCGGCCCUCUACAAUAUGGCGGUGCAGUUGCAGUCCAUCAUCAGCUCCAACAUUUACCGCAAGGACGAUAAGCCCGAGUACAGGAGGGGAAACAGGGUCUUGAUCGGGAUAAACUGCCUCAACAUCGUCGUGUACUGCGGCGUGAAGGUGUACUACCACCUCCGGAACCGACACCGGGAGAAGGUCUGGUCGCGGAUGAGCGCGGAGGAGAGGCAGAAUUAUCUGGAUACGACGACUGACAAGGGGAGCAAGAGGCUGGAUUUCAGGUUCGUGAGCUGA